AUGAUGCUGAGUCCAGACCAAACCGACUCGGAUCUUGGGUGGGGACAGUCCGAUCCGGAGACCGUCCUAAAUGUGAUCAAAGUCGAAUGUGUGCCUGCUCAGCCUGGAGGAGACAGCAAGUCCCGUUUGCCUGAUCCGCCCCUGACGCGUGAGGAGAAGAGACGGCGGCGACGUGCCACAGCCAAGUACCGGUCCGCGCACGCCACGAGAGAGCGGAUUCGGGUGGAGGCGUUUAACGUGGCCUUCGCCGAGCUGAGGAAACUUCUGCCCACGCUUCCUCCCGACAAGAAGCUCUCCAAGAUCGAAAUCCUGCGGUUGGCAAUCUGCUACAUCUCUUACUUGAACCACGUGCUGGACGUGUAA